CACAGUUGCUCACACUUACUUCCGCGUCUGUGCUCUCGCGCUACGUCACCGCCCCGGCGCAUGCGCAAUCUUGUUUAGGAGUUUGGAGUUUUGGAAGCUAACGUUAGCUUUCACUGCUGUUUCCACGGCGGGAUAAACCUUCGCUUUCCGGGUUGUUUUCCCUCUGAGACCAGCGGUUUUUCUAAUAAGAUCAUGGCAGAUUUCUCUCUGGCAGAUGCUUUAGGGGAGGACACGCCGAGCCAGGCCAAGAAAAUGGGCCACACUAACCCUUCCGCUCCGACUGGAAAUCCCCCUUCAAACCCGGGGUGGCCCUCUUCUGCCCCCGGAGCCCCCACCCAGCCCUCGGCGCCGCUCGACUACAACAGUGGACCUUCUGGACCGGGGGCCCCGGGACCUUUCUCGUUCCCUUCGGGUCCCGGAGCUCCAGGCCAGUACCCGGGACCCAUUUCAGCACCGGGUGGGUUUCCCGCUGGUCCUGGAAUACCUGGACAGUUUCCACCUGCACCAGGAGCUCCAGGGCAGUACCCCUCCGGCCCGGGAGCGCCGGGGCAGUUCCCUGGGCAGUACCCCCCUGAAGCGGCUCCAGGACAGCUUCCCGGGGGUCCCGGUCCCUACCCGUAUCCUUCUGGCCCUGGAGCUCCUCCCGGGCCUUACCCAAACAUGCCUUAUCCCGGCAGCCAGCCAGGAGGCAAUGGGAUGUAUGGACCCGGAGGCCCCGGCGCCUUCCCUCCUGCCACCAGCCCCGGAUCCUUCCCUGCGUUCCCCUCUGGAGGCUUCCCUCCGAUGCCGCCUGGCUCCUGGGGUCCACCUGGAGGUGGCGGUUUUGGUCCUAACCCUGGUUCUUAUGGCCCCGGCCCUGCACCCAUGGGUCUGUACGGGGGGCCCCCUGCUGCUGGGGGCGCGCUGGGGCUGCCGUACGAUCUCCCCCUUCACGCUGGGAUCAUGCCACGGCUUGUAAUCACCAUAGUCGGGGAGCCGGUUCCCGGCGCCAACAGGUUCCAGGUGGACUUCAUCAAAGGUUCGGACGUGGUGUUCCACUUCAAUCCUCGCUUCAACGAGCAGACCAUUGUCAGGAACUCCAACCUGGGACACUGCUGGGGUCCGGAGGAGCGGGACGGGGGCUUCCCGUUUGUUCAGGGACGCACGUUUGAGCUGAAGAUCCUGGUGGAGGCCGACAUGUUCAAAGUGGCCGUGGACGGCGUCCACCUGCUGGAGUACGAGCACCGAGUGGGCGGGCUGGAGGACGUGACGCUGCUGCGAGUCACGGGAGACCUGAUGCUCUACAGCGCCGCGCCGAGCAUGAUCUGAGAAAACCGCCGCCAACCCGCGCGUUCCAACCCUCUGCAGGAGCUGCAGCGAGCUAUCCGUGCCGGCGCGGCGCGUCCUCCCACAUCAGACUGCAACCUUCCCUCAACCAAUCGAAUGACUCUAAUCGCACCCAAAUGACGAAUUAGGUUAAUCUAAGUAGAGACUUUAAGGGAGAGCUAAUAUAUAUACAAAUAUAGAGUGAGACGAGUGACGUGUCCCAAACAGAGUUCUGUUUACAUGUGUGAUUCUUCUUCUGUUCUUUAUAUGAACUUCACUUAAAGCCUUCGCUGUGCAUGAAAGUCUGAUGCUCAAAUCCUCGCGGAUCAUUUUGUUCGGGUCGUUUCUGAACCGGUUUCUGUGCGAUGACGAUCCUCCUGAAAAAUGCAGAGAGGGUUCCUGAGUCUGCUGCCAAAGAGGAAUCACGAAGUAUUUAGAUUUUAUGAAUAAAGGAAACAAUCCGACAGAAACUGAUUAAAGCUGUUUUUAUCAACUUCA